CUCUAAUUCAUGUGCAAGCCCCAACUACCUUAUUCUACAGCUUGAUUCGAUUAAUCGCCUGGUAGAGAAGGUUCCAUCACUUUAAAUAGAUCUCUGUUCCACCUCACUGUCAUCAAAUUUUCAGCCAUGUCCGGCUCCAACCUACACAACGCUCUCCUCCGUCCUCCGAUCAUUCAGAUCCUGCGCGCUGCAGGCUUCCACUCGACGCGUCCUUCAGUCCUGGACACUCUCGCCGAUCUCACUGCCCGAUACAUCAUGCUCCUUGCCUCAUCCACAAGCGCUCAUGCCGCCAACGCCCACCCCGAAGACCCCAUCCCCGUGCUCGAAGAUAUUUACCAGGCCUUACAAGAUGCAGGCGCGUUGCGGCCGCAGCUGCGGGAGUGGGAGGAGGAAUGGCAAGGGGAAGAGGACAUGCGAGGACUAGAAGGGUUUCUGUCGUGGUUCACCGGCCCCGCCAACCGCGAGAUCCGGCGCAUCGCUGGAUUCGUGCCCAGUGAAGGGGACAUGGUGGACGCGGACUCCCUGGAGAAGGAGGACUUCCUGACAGCCCUGAAGAAGAAACACAGCAAGACGGGAGAAGAGUCGCGAUAUGCAGGGACCGUGCUGGGAAAGAGCGGCGAGGAACACCCGAUCGUGAUCGAGGGCGGUGCGCCGACCCUGCAGGAUUGGGGGUCCCAAAUGCGAUCCCGUGCACCGUAUAUGGCCGACAGCGACUCCUCGGUCGUGAGCAGUGCGCCGAGUAAUCUUUCUGACGGAGAGGGAAUGGACGUGUGAUGGGAUAGAUGGGAGUGUGCCGCUUCGAUCUACGAUGACACUUUUGGUUUCCUUGGUCACCCUCGACCAGGAGGAGACCCAGCACCAAGUCAAGCGCGGAAUCUUCGCCUAUGAGGAUACCCCAUCUCUACACGUUCGGGACCCAAUUCGCCCAUUUGACCUCAGUUGGCUGGUCCAGCUGAACGGCAUUGCUAGUAGCAAAAUGCCAUCCCAUUCGCCAUUUGGCCGGGGGCACAAACCUCCUCCGACCUAGAUCCUUGAAGCACGGGAGCUACGCCGUUCAAAUUCGCAACAUGAGCGGUGUAGCCGAGUCCAGCGCAGAAUUGAGCAAGAGGACGAUGUCAUUGCGAGAAUGCAUCUGAGGGAUGGCAGGAUGACAUGGAGGCUUUCAUGUAUCUACCUUACCAGGGGCGCAAUUCAGGAGCCCCGCGUACUUGAGAUGAGCUAAAUGUUUGAAACAUCUCAG